CAACCUGUAUCUUCGCCCAGCAAUUGCGCAGCCCGUCUGCACCAACACCUCGCUCAAGAUGCUCCCCGUCACCCUUCGCGCUCUGCGCUCCCGCAGCGCAGCGGCAGCCUCCCGCCCCUUUGCCCGCUAUGUCUCGACGGCUACAACCAGCAACCAGGUCCCCGCCAACGAUCCCGUCAAGCGCGACGCGAAGCAGAACGUCUCGGCAACCAAUGAAAUGGCUACCUCUUCCGAGGGCUCGUUCGACCAGGUUCUUCAGGAGUCUAUGCAGGACGCUGAGGAGUUGAGGACCACACAGGCGCCCAACUACAAGGGUAUCUGGUCGAGGAGUCAGAAUCCGAGGGCGGUUGCGAUGAGCGGGCCGAGAUUUGAGCAAACCAUCAUGGCUGAUCAGCCACGCCCAUAUGCCGCCAUUGAGCUCAUCCACCAGCAACCCGUCCGCUGGACACAUGACCGCGUCGUUUCAUGUGACGGAGGAGGCGGUCCUCUCGGACAUCCCCGGAUCUUUAUCAACACAGAUAAGCCCCAGAUUUGCUGGUGCACAUACUGUGGUCUGCCCUUUGCUCAUGAGAAGCACCGCGCUGUCCUCGAAGCCACCCCCGAGCACGAGCUUUCAUACCCACUGGGACCCAAGGGCAAUGCGGCGGAAGUCAACGAGACACAAAAGGUCACCGACGAGCCGCUUUCACAGCGGUAAACCCGUCUUGACUUUUGCGAGGGUGUACAUAUGUGCUUCAAUUGAAAGUCCUGCAAGUAGACAUACCACUGAUUUUACUUAAAUGACACAUGACCUUGACCAUUCUAUGUUAACACUGAUUUCGGAAAACUGAUCCGUUAACGGGUAAGAUGUUGAGAUAAGGCAGUUAAACGACAAACACAUUGCUCACUUGACCAG